UUCAAUUUCGCCGUUCAGCAUCGAGAGCACAAGACGCCAGAGAAGGUCCGAGUCCCCCGACUCCAGAAAGCGCCGCAUCCACCGGUGUGACUUCGAAGGAUGCAACAAGGUGUACACGAAAAGCUCCCACCUGAAGGCUCACCGGAGGACGCACACAGGAGAAAAACCAUACAAAUGUACGUGGGAAGGAUGCGCAUGGAAGUUCGCCCGUUCAGACGAACUGACGAGGCACUACCGCAAGCACACGGGAGUCAAGCCGUUCAAGUGCGCAGACUGUGACCGCAGCUUUUCCCGUUCGGAUCACUUGGCGUUGCACCGCCGGAGGCACAUGCUUGUCUGA